CCUCAUGAAGCCAACUCCCAGCCAGGUAUCGUUACCGAUGGCUACGUUUUAUAUGUGAUGUUCACUUCUCUAGCCGCUGUGCUAUGGUCUUUAAACAGGAACUAAGAUCUAGUCUUCUCUAAAAAGCUCGUUAUGAGAUAAUCCAGAGGGAUUUAGGAUGAUUCCAUCGGACUGUACCCUUGAUAUCACCAAUGUGUUUCAUUCCACUGCUGUGGUUAUUGAAGGAAGUUGUUUGAGCAAGUCGGAGCCCACUGCCGUGUUGAGAGACGUGUCUGCUCGAGUUCAUGGUGGCGAGGUAUUAGCGAUCUUGGGCUCGAAAGGAUCUGGAAAGAGAGCUUUGCUUGACGUUAUUGCGGGAAGGGCGGAGGGAGAAACCAGGGGCAGAGUCGUCCUAAACAACAAUUUAUUAACGCCAGAAUUGUUUAGACGACAUGGCGGAUACGUUGCUCACAGGUGUCAUUUGUUACCCAGUCUAACAGUUCGACAGACACUGACCUAUGCCACGUGGCUUGCCAAUUUGAGCAACAGGGAGGCCAGAGUUCGACAAACUUUGGCCGAUCUGGCUCUGUCUCAGGUUGCAAAUAGGCCGGUGAACGAUCUGACGAAGCCGGAAUACAGAAGACUCAUGCUGGGAGUACAGUUGGCUAAAGAUCCUACGUUGUUACUUUUGGACGAGCCCACUUGGGACACUGAUCCGUUAAAUACGUAUUUGAUCGUUUCUAUGCUCUGGUCUUACGCAACCAGGAGAGGUUCCAUCGUUGUCCUGACGAUGGAAACUCCUAGAUCAGACGUGUUGCCUUUCGUGAGUCGCGUGACUCUUUUAUGUCUGGGAGCAGUGGUUUAUUCCGGACCGACCAGAAGUAUGUUGGACUAUUUCACUUAUAUCGGUUUUCCGUGUCCUGAACUCGAAAAUCCUCUGAUGUAUUACCUGUGUUUGUCAACCGUCGACCGUCGCUCGAGAGAUCGUUUCUUAGAAUCGAAUCAGCAGAUAUCUGUUCUGGUUGAAAAAUUCAAGGCCGAGGGCGUUAUUUACAUGAAAGAGGCGCCCCAAGUGCUGCCCAAUAUCAAAGAUACGCCUCUAGGAAUUAUGCACAAAGGGUUAGGGCGUGGAAUCAAACCAGGAUGUUUCUCCACUCUGUUCGCUCUAUAUUUGAGAGGUAUGGCAGCAACAUUUGCCUUCAAUAAAUCUGGCUUGGGGCACUUUACUGCCAGACUAUUAUUGCUACCGUUUUCCAUAGCUCUGAUGAGUAUCCUCUAUUCGCAUUCAACCCCUGUGCAAUCCAGAAUAUUUUUGCAAACAGGCGGUCUAGUCUUCAAUGUAGUGACUCUGUUCUACGUUGCUGGAAUAGCGUGCACAGCUCUCCUUUUUCCAGGCUAUAGGGCCAGAUAUUACCAAGAGAAAAGAGAAGGUCUCUAUGGUGGAGCAAUGUUCUUGACUGCGUACGCAUUGCUGAGCUUGCCAUUGAGUUUUAUAUCCACCAUGAUCACUAUUGGCAUUCUGGCACCUAUUUUAGAGCUACAUUUAUCUACCUGGGCUUAUGCCUGUGGUGUUUUAUGGGCUAGCUAUGUGGCAGCAGAGCAAAUAACCGUUGCAGUGCUCAUGGUAGUUGGUAGACCUAUCACCGGUGCAAUAACUGUGUUAUACAUGACCUUGGUGUUUUUGAUAAUUGGAUCCGGAGCUAUCAGAAGUCUGAAAGGUCUGCCUUAUUGGCUUGCUGCAGUUUCCACUGCAUUACCUGCCAGGUACGCAUCAUUGGCUUUGAAUCAAUUGGCCAUUGAUGUACCUGCGUUUUUAAAUUUGCAUUACAAUGAAAGUUUCGCGUGUCCUGGAAUACCAGAGUUGUGCAGAUACCCAGAUGGGAGAGCUUAUUUAAUAGAACGGUUUACACGUGAAGGCGAGAAUAUAUCAGAAGUAUUGAACGUUGAUCUAAACUUGUUAAUUUCUUUAGCUUUUGCUGUUGGACUGAGCAUAUUUAACAGUGUUCUGUACCUGUUACCACUUCCAGCGAAAGUAAAAGCCAAAUUCAGAGAAUAAGUUCGAUAGAAACUAAAAACAAGAAAGUUUAGAUAAAACACUAGAUUUCGAUAGCAGCGCUUAUAUUUAAAAACCAAUGUAUAAAUGAAUAUAUAUUACAAAACUAUA